AUGGCAUCGUUUCAAGCUUCUCUCUACUGUCUUCCAUGGCUGCUUCUUCUCUUCUUUUUCUUCAUCCCAUCAAUCAAUUCUUCAUCAUUAACAAAAUCUUCAAUCUCAUCAUUAUCAUCAAGAAGAAGAAUCCCGAGGCUCACUGUGCAUAAUAAUGCAGUAGACCCACCAAGAGAAAGUGGCCAUUUGGGUUCAUAUGAAGUUUUCUAUUAUAAUCAAACGCUUGAUCAUUUCAAUUAUCAGCCACAGAGUUAUAUAACUUUCCCACAAAGAUAUGUAAUGAAUUCUAAGUAUUGGAGAGGUGGUAAUGCUUCUGCACCAAUCUUUGCAUACAUGGGAGAGGAAGCUUCAAUGGAUUCUGAUUUAGCUGCUAUUGGUUUCCUCAGUGAGAAUGCUGCUCAAUUUGGUGCUUUAAUUGUUUUUAUUGAGCAUAGGUUCUAUGGAGAAUCAGUCCCAUUUGUAUCAAGAGAAGAAGCAUUAACAAAUGCAACUCUCCGUGGCUACUUCAACUCAGCUCAAGCUUUAGCAGAUUAUGCAGAAAUACUUUUGCACAUCAAGAAAGAAUUAUCAGCAGACACUUCUCCAAUCAUAGUUAUCGGAGGAUCCUAUGGUGGAAUGCUUGCUGCAUGGUUUCGGCUCAAGUAUCCUCACAUCGCCUUGGGUGCACUGGCAUCUUCGGCUCCAGUUCUCUACCUGGAUGGCUUGACACCACAAGAAGCAUAUUUUUCUGCUGUUACAAAAGACUUCAGAGAAGCAAGUGAGAGUUGUUACAAUACCAUAAAACAAUCUUGGGCUGAAAUUGAAAGAGUUUCUAACUUAGAAAAUGGUCUUUCCAUCCUUCAAAAAAAAUUCAGACUUUGCAAACCCUUGAAGGAAGCAUGGGAGUUGAGAUCAUAUCUAGAAACAAUGUACAUAGUAGCAGCUCAAUAUGAUAGGCCUCCAAAAUACCCAGUUGAUGUUAUUUGCAAAGGGAUCGAUAGUGCACCAUCUUCUUCUUAUAUACUUGACAAAAUCUUUUUGGGAUUUGUUGCUUAUUAUGGAAAAGCUUCUUGCUAUAGUCUGGGCUCUUCAUUUUCAGAUGAAACUCUACAGGGCUGGGAUUGGCAGGUAUGCAGUGACAUUGUGAUACAAAUGGGAAUAGAUAGGAAUGAUACAAUGUUUGCUUUGAAUCCCUUUGAUGAAAAUCUUAAUGAUGAGUUUUGCAUGAAUAAGUUUGGAAUUAUCCCUAGACGACACUGGAUCACAACUUACUAUGGUGGUCAACAUAUAAAAGAGGUUCUCAAGAAAUUUGGUAGCAACAUCAUCUUCUCCAACGGACUUCGUGAUCCUUAUAGCAGCGGCGGGAUUUUGGAAGACAUAUCAGACAGCAUUGUGGCAGUGAAAUCAAAUAAAGGGUCUCAUUGCCUGGAUAUAGCACCAGCAAGAGAGUAUGAUCCAGAGUGGUUGAUCCUACAAAGGAAAACAGAAGUGGAGAUCAUUAGCAAAUGGAUCAUUGAUUACUAUGAAGAUUUGCUAGAAAAUUGA